GCAUUUGUUAUAAAUACCAUGCGAAAUUACCAAUGAAAAUAUCAAGAAGUGGAUAGCUGUGAAGCAUAGGAAGAGCUCGUAACCUAAAAGACAUUUUUAAAAUUAAUUUCGGUGUUUUACAGUUUCAAUGGUUGCUUUAUAAAUUAGCUUUUGAUAGUGCAAAAAAGAUAUGACUUUUACAGGAGUAUGGAUUACAAAAUUGUAUGGACAACUCUAUAUAUAAAAACACUGUUAGCGAGUUACACGUGUCUUGCAAUCAGCGGUGGACAUGAGAUAUGGAAACAUUUGUUUCUUAACAACAGCUUCAACAAUGAAGUUAGACCAGUAAAACUGUGGAGAACACCAACACUUGUUAAUGUCAGUAUGGCUGUCAUAGCCGUAAUUGAUUUUGACGAAGUAAAACAAACAAUUGUUCUAACUUCGAAAUUGACACUUCAUUGGAAGGAUGAAUAUCUAAUGUGGGAUCCGCAAAAUUUUGAAAACAUUACUCACAUUCAUGUAUCACAGUCAAAGGUAUGGAAACCAUAUAUAUUUCUUGAAAAUUCCGUCGCAAAACAUUAUGAUAUGGGAUCCCCUUCCGUACAAGUUAUUAUUAAUAGCGAUGGCACCGUAGAAUGGUAUCCAGUGGAAGUUUUCAAAUACACUUGUACAGCUGACGUUCGUAAAUUUCCAUUUGACACACAGAAAUGUUCGAUGAUUUUUGAAACACCUGGGUAUUCAAAUGAACUUCAAAUACGUUCGGUAGACGAUCAUAUUGAUUUCCAUGGUAAAGGGGUAUUUUCAGGUUGGUCGGUCGUUGGUACAGAAAUGGUUACAAAUAUGGAGGAAGGUGAAGUUCACAUCAUAUGCACCCUCACUUUGCGCAGGAACCCCACAUAUUUUAUCCUGAAUGUGUUCCUACCUAUUGUUAUUCUCUCGCUUAUGAACAACUGCGUGUUUAUCCUACCUGUUCAGUCUGGAGAAAAGGCUAGUUUUGUGAUCACGGUGUUCCUUUCACUUGCCGUCUUCUUGACAAUUGUAAGCAGCAAACUACCAGAAAACUCUGAUAAAAUCUCAAUUCUCAAUGUGUAUGUCUUCCUGUGUACACUUCUGAGCGUGAUUAUCGCGAUAUUGACAAUAAUCCAGAUCAGAAUUUACCACCGUGACACAGAGAGGUCUAUUUCACCGUUUCUGGUAAAACUUGUGGCAAUGUGUACUUCAACGCAAAACUCCUCUGGUGAUAAACAGGAAACGCCGAUUAAUUGGCAUGUCGAGAACGAAUUUAACGCUGAACUUAUGCAAAUAAACAACGCUAAAAUACCGGAAAACUCAAAUCCCAUCAACACGACAAAUAAUGCAAACGUUUCGUGGCCAGACGUUGUAAGGGCAUUUGACAACAUUUUUCUGGUCAUGUUUUCCAUGAUUAAUUUGAUCGUUACUGUCACCGUCCUUAAAAUGACCCUCAGCAGCGAGGAUCUGGUUGAACAGGACGGAUCACACGAAUCCCAUGGAUCACAUGCAUCACACUGAAAGUUGAUGCAAAUGACCACGACGAUUAUGAUGAUGAUGAUAACAAUGUAAUGAUGAUGAUGAGGAAGAUAAUAUUAAAAUUGCUUAUAUGCACUUUACCUUUGAAGGCAUCACAUAAAGUUAGAUACUUAUAUCGUUUCGAUAUAUUGAUGUUAAGAUUUUAAUUUAGGAAAAACUUCACUUCAUUUUUACAACAGGAAUAAUUAGGGUCUGCAAUUGUGUUUGAUACAUAAAAAAAUGAGUGAAUACGAUUGAUAUUAACAAAAAGAUACAUAACACAUAUACUUUGUAUUGCUAGGUGUAAAUUUUUGCAAUAUACAUUACAUUUGUUACAGUUCUUCCUAUAUUGCCAUAUUCUAAACAAAUGUUCAGUCAUAAUUGAUAACUUUUCCUUGGUUAGGAGGCAUUUCCUUUAACAUUUCUCUUUUUUAUCUUUAUGUACUUUUUUAGAAGAGUGUGAGCAGCGGUUUAGACAGACGAUUUUGAUUUUAGAAAUGGUACUUUCCUCAUUUGAAAAGGGGAUUGAAUUAAUAUAAAAUCAAGUCAUAUGAUUUGCUGGAGCAUGUGGUUAUACUGAAGACUUUAUUGAACGUUAUCAAUAUGAUACUAAUACACUCUUUCAGCUUGACGACCAUAAUCAUUAACUGCAAUACUAUUAUUAUUGUAAUUCAGAUUUGUUUUUGAAAUUAAAAAGUAAUUUAAAGACAGUUCAUUUUGGGCGCUACGUUUUUCUUUUCAGUUGCUACUGACAAAACAGCUGGAAGGCUGCAUGAAGACCAAUGAAACUAAUCUGUUACUUACUCGUGUUCUUGCCUAUUUCGUCGGGUUUUGAAGUAUUUCUCGUGAUGCUUUCGGCAAAGGCAUUGCAUAUAUGUUUUCUUAUGUUUACGUUUUAUAUAUCCUACAUGACCAUUUCUGUGUUUAUAUAUCAUGCAUUCUGUAACCAUUGAGUGUUUUAGACUUUCAGCUGACAGACAUAUUGUUUAUCUUUCCUACAAUGUAACUCUGGCGGGUGUUAAUGUAUAUGUUUUACAAAUUGUCGCUGAUCAUAUAGCAUCUUUAUCAUUGCUUUAAGAGUGAAGUUUUGUGUGCACCACAAACCGAUUCAAACUCUUUUUAUUAUUUAUUACUAUUAUUAUACCACAUUUAUACAGCACUCUUUUCAUGCACAUGUACAAGUUCAAAAGUGCUUUACAGAAUAAAUGGCAAACAAUACAAACAAUUACACAUUCAACACAAACAAAAAAUGCAUUUAAACAUUAACAAAAUUCAUGAAUGUAAAACAUAGAGAUAAAACAAGAC